UUCUACAAUUUACCAGUAGCAAAGUUUAUAAUUUUUAUACCUUUUUCAUAUAGCAAUGAAACAUUUCCAAAUCGAAUAAUAAGGAAUAUUAUUACUUCUACUAUACAUAUAUCCAAGACACUGCUUGAACCAAUCUUUUACGAAUCCUUCAAAAUUCUCUUUUAGGAAUUUUGCCACAAAUAUCGAUUAUUACUCCAACUUGAGAACUAAUAUCUAAAGUUGAAGACAUGUUGAAACAUCCUCCUCCCUCAGACUGUUGUCGGCUCUGUGUAAGAAGCUGCAAUGAUGACCAGCACAUCCUCUACGAUGAGACGGGUCAAGCUAACACCAAUCAUGCUCUUGUGGGCAAAUAUUUUACCAGCGCAAUGUUGAAUAUGGAAUGGGAGAAACGACUUCAAUACAUCUGUGGGAAAUGUUGGCAGCAUAUCUGGAAGUUUCAUCAAUUUCAGGAGACCAUUAUUGAGGCGCAGAAGGGUCAACAUCUGCAUACAGAAGAGGCGAAAGAAGUUAAGAUAAAGCCUGAGUUGAAUUUGCAUAUAAAUCAGCAGGAAGUACAACUGGAGUUGCAUAUAACCAAGAGGUUGAGCGCUAGCACGGAGGAUUUAAUCAAACCUACCGCCCUUACCAUUGAUAUAAAAACUGAAGAACCUUUAGACCUCAACAGUGAUUAUGAAGGGAUGUCGUUUCACGAUGGACACGACCAUUCAACGAAUGAAGAAAUGUCUCUGAUGAUGUCCAGUAGAAAAGAAAAUUCAUCCUUACAAAAUGAAGAUGAGUCCCAUGAAGAUUAUGGUUCUAGUGAUGGCAUGAGCUUAUCACCUUUGGGCCAGACUAACCAUUUCUCUUCAGAUAAAAAAGUUCCUUCUACAAAAAAGUCAGUACAGGAAUUUGAUGAAAUGGUAGCUUUGUGGCGUUCCUGCUUGGAAUGUGAAAUUUGUCAUCAGCUGGUGAACAGUUAUUCCCAAUUGAAGGAACAUUUUAGCGAAAACCAUGCUUCAGAAGGAUGUUACCUCAUGUGUUGCCAAUUGAGGCUAGAAACUUGUUACGAUAUUGACAGACACAUACGCUAUCAUAAUGCCCCGCAGCAGCUAAAAUGUGAGGCUUGUUGCAAGGUUUACCGUUGGGAGAAAACUUUAAGAAGACACAAAAGAAAUGUCCACAGCAGCAAAGGAGGAGAUAAACAUGCAAAAGACAGCGAGAAGUUGGAAGGGAAAUAUCGCUGCUGUAAGUGUUCGAAGGACUUUGUAACGGAACAACAUUUGAAUAGACACAAUAAUAAUGUCCAUAAGCUCAAGAUUUUGGAAUGCAACUUUUGUGAAAAAACGUUUAUGCAUCCGUAUGCACUGCGCGAGCAUUUGGCUAGCCAUAAAGGAGAGAAGAUGCAUGUCUGCUCCUUUUGUCCCAAAGAAUUCACCUGGCGAUCUAAUUUCUGCACACAUAUGAGAAAAUCUCAUCCGCAGGAAUGGAAAAAGAUGCAAGACGAGGAGGUCCAAAGAGAGCCUAAAUGUAGAUAUCGGCGGGAAACUCGGGGAGAGACUAUGGUCUAUGUUUGCAUUUAUUGCUCCGUGGUAUAUGAAAAUCGGACUUGCAUGCAGAAUCAUAUCAGGUGUUGCCCUAGACGUGAUCAACCAACAAAGUCUAAAAAGUUAUAUCGUCGAGAAACUCGUGGAGAGAGUAUGGUCUAUGUUUGCAGUUUUUGUUCCAGAGAGUAUGAAAAUCGAUUUUCCAUAUACGGUCAUGUUAGGCGAUGUCAAGGAAGCGAUAGACCAAUAGAUUCUAAAAAGGGGUAUCGACGAGAAUCUCGGGGAACGAGUAUGGUCUAUGUCUGUGUUUUUUGUUCUAAGGAAUAUAGAAAUAGUGAAUCCAUUCACUAUCAUAUCUACCAUUUCCAUAGAGAAGAAGCAUCUUUAGCGAGGCAGCAGGCACCAAUGUCAGCCAUGCAAUUGAGUCAUAGUCAAAGAACUCCGGUUAGUCAAGACUCACUCAACAGGAUAAUAGGGUCGAAUACUAAUGAUGUAGCCAACAUAACACCAGAUGGUUAUAACUUAAAUGAACUUGGCAAAGAAGGAGAAGCGGAAGAAGAUUCAUUAAUGACCCCUGUAGAAGGAACAGAAUGGAAAUAUGAUGAAAAUGCAGCAAGUAAUAAUGUGAAGACCGAACAAUUGUCAGCUGAUGAAAAUUACUUGGAAAAUGAAAUGAAUGAAAAAGAUGUACCACAAGAAUUUGAAGAUGCUGCUUGGGAAAGUGGAGAAUUUCUAAAAUCCGAAGAAGAAUUUAUUGAGCUUUAAGCAAAGGUUAAAGAACUUAGUUGGAAUACUAAAAAAAAACAAAGCAACAACAACAAUCAGUAGUUUGAGUAAUUCAAAAUUUUGUGCCCAAACCCCUCACAAAUGACUUUUAUUCG